AUGCUGCUGCUCGACCAAUUAAGUUGUGAAAAUUUGGAUUGUGCAGAUAUGCAGAGCCAACUAGUUUGCAAUGGGUGCAGAACAGUCCUUCUUUACCCAAGUGGGGCUGCAAAUGUUUGCUGUGCCGUAUGCAAUACGGUGAAUGCUGUGCCGCCACCCGGGAUGGAAAUGGCUCAGUUGAUAUGUGGAGGUUGCCGAACGUUGCUCAUGCAUGCUCGUGGGGCAACUAGUGUGAGAUGUUCAUGCUGCCACACGGUGAACCUUGUGCCAGGUGCUGGUGCAGGUGCACCAGCUGCAGCUCCCCCUAAUAAUGUUGCUCAUGUUAACUGUGGAAACUGCCAUACUAUGCUCAUGUAUCCUGCCGGGGCUCCGUCUGUAAAAUGUGCAAUUUGUCACUUCAUCACAAAUGUUAAUAUGGGGGAAAACACGAGAGUUCCCAUUCCUUUACAAAGACCAGUCGAAAACCCUACUUCUGCCGCAACACAGCCUAAUUCCACGGCAACAGCCCAUUCUAAUAAUCAGACGGUUGUCGUGCAGAACCCCAUGACCGUUGAUGAA